AUGCCGGCUAUGUCUCGUCGCCGUACAUCUCAUAGUGAACCAAUGGCUUCGUCGUCGGCGAACGAGGCUUUUGCAUAUCCAUUUACAAGUAUGCAGCAGGGUAACCAGCCACAGCGGCGUGGUCCAAUCGAAGGCCCCAAUGGACGCAGGUUGGUCCGGCGAGUCACCUGGCGGUCCUCUACUUACAAGUUGAUGGCAUCCCUCUGGGUCCUCGGGGUCUUCUAUAUCGUCUGGCUCAUCCGUGAUAUUUUCUUUCUUCCCUUCACCUCGACCCAACCCAGUGUGAUCGUCACCGGCACCUCCCAGGAUCUUCUGGAGCAGUACGUAGGAUACCAGGAGUGUGGCAUCUCAUCGUCUGCUCUCUACCAACCCCCUAAAACGGAGGGCCAGGGGUCUCUGAGCCAUCCGUACUGCCAAACUCGAGAUUCGUUGCUCAAUGCAAUGAGUAAUGGCGGAAGACAUGGCUUUGACGAGGCAUACAUUUCCAAAGGCUGCUUCUAUCGCUGGUACAGUAACGCUGAAAUAUGUGAAAUUCUGCAAAAAUUGGGCGCUCUUGUUUUCGUUGGUGAUGAAUCUCUCGCCGAUAUCUACGCCGGGUUUAAUAUCCUUCUUCGAGGGAACCUAGCAACUGGUGCCCUGAGAGAGUCGGAGAUGACCAAGGGGCAGAUUGAGAAAUGUAGAUGCGGCUCACAGUUCACUAGCGCCUCCUGUCUACCGCUGAGAAUUACCUCUAGCGAGCAGGCGGAGAAGCAAAACGACGGCGAAAUACUUUCAGGCCCAAAUACCUGUUCAUCUUCUAUCCCCCACUCUUUCGUGACAGCAACGAGCUCGCCUGCUUCGAAGAGCGCCCAAGAGAGAUUCCGCCAGCUCAUCAACCGAGCAGAUAGUCAGGGAAAGCCUGUUCCCGUGAUCCAGAGUCUUUCUCUUUCCACUUCCUACUCACUAGAGAUCGCUGGAAAUAGCAUGGAUGAAUGGCUAGCAUUGGCACAAUCUAGUAAACGUGAUAUGCCCUUCCUCUGGAUAGGCCCAACUGCACCGGGCCACCAAAAGCAUUCGGGUAGCAACAUCCACGCGAGUAGUUGGCAGUACACGCUGGAUACAUCUGAGGCGGCACGAACCAGAGGGAUGGAAACGUUGGGAAUGUACAAUGCAACGCUACAAGCAGAUAGCUGGGAUGGGAUGCACUAUGGUGAAAAGGAGGCACUGAUUCAGGCAAUGAUGGUCAUCAACUGGUUGUCGAUGCUCUAA